AAGCCUUUGACAACCCGAUGUUAAUGUGGACAAUAUAUACAAGAGCUUUGACAACCUGGCAUUAUUGCUUUACCACCAGAAAUGUGAUGAAGCUUCAACUCAGAAACUCGUGCAGUGAAAUAACGUGCACUUUUGUUUUUCCUUAAUACUGGAGCAUUAGAAAAUCAAAUUCUUUCAGCCGUUAAUUGAAGGAAAACUAUGGAACUAAUCUUGUCUAUUUCAAGGAGACUAAACAGUAACCUUUGUUUUGGGUGGUUUUAAUAUAACAGUCUGGAUUAAUUCAUUUGAGUUUUGAAGGUUUGUAUACUAUAUUUAUGAGAAUUUUUGUCUUAUUUUAUAUUGUUAAUUUUUGCUUUAAAUUUGUUAAAUAUACUUUGAGACAAUGAAAACAAUAUAUUAUUUUCUAUUACUAAUUUCCUGGAUUUCAUAUAAAAUAAAUCAUUCGUCAUACAGAUAUGAAAUUUGUUGACUCAAAAUUUUGAUUCCUGUAUAUAUAACGUGUAUAAAAACUAUAUUUCUUUGAUAAUACUCUAUCAUAUAGAUAAAAAUAUUAAUAGUAAUAUGUAUAUUGAUAAAACGCGCGCUUAAACAAAGCAUCCUACAUCUUUCAAAGAGUCCUCAGACCACGCAACCUGAUUGGUCAAAUAAAAUGCGAGUGUUACAAUAUGAGAGAAUACAAAAAACUUUUGAGUUUCUUACAAACGGCUAAUUAUGUAUUCAUGAUUGUUUAACAAGCAUAGCGCUAACGCGUAGGAGCUGGUCAAUGAGAACAAUAUUUAGUAUUUACGUAUUUUUCUUUUAGUCCAAAUGAAAGAAAUGAAAGUUUUUUAUUUUCUUUUGUAACCGCGUCCACAGCCCAUUUUUUAAUUGAUUUAAUUUUCAUGCUUAUAUUGUGUCAUGCAUGUUCGUGCCUUUAUUAUACAUUUACUUAAACGUUUCCAACACAGUAUAUUAGAAAGGUCUCUAAGAAACUAUAUAAUCGAUCUGACAUCCUACCUUGAGCCGUAGUUUUUCGUCUUCUGCUCCGCAUAUUUUUGAUCAAAUAUCGAGGAAUGAGUUCUUUAGUAUAGAGGGUCUUCUAAAUAAACAAUAAAAUAGAUGGUAAAUUUAUUAUGGUAAAGAAAAUCUAUAUACUGUGUAAUAAACUAUCGCCACUUAAUUGGAACAGCAACGGGGACGAAAUGUGAACUAAAUUAACUUUUUUAUACUGGAUAUGCUCCAUCGUAAAUUGUUGUUCUUAUAGAUCGAGUAUAAAGUAAGGAUUAUUCCUAUUUUGGCAAGCUUUCGUUGGUAGGCGUGCAACUACCUGAAAUAUACAAGAAGAAAUUCGACGCUUCGAUCGAAGGAAGGCCAUUCGUCCAGAAAUUCGAAACGUCCAAUUUCUCCUUGUGUACUUCAGAUAGCUGCAUCCCUCCCAACGAAAGCUUGUUAUUACUGAGACUAUACCUACACUGACAGUUCAUUCCUAUAUUGGUCUGUAGCUAUACAGGAGGAAACUAGAGUACCUGCGGAAAACCUGUUGUGUUUGUUAAUGGUAGAGUCAAACUGAAAGCAUUCUUCUCACAUGUGACUGAGCUGAAAUUAUAAUCAGACCACUGCAUACAUAGCAGGACUGAUGGAACUUCGGUCACAGAGCUGAAACACACAUGCACUAAAUGACAAUUAUAUUUAAAUUUUCUCCUAGAUUUAUUCAGGCAGCCAUGAAGUGGGGAGUCUACGUUCUUUCAGCAAUCAUUUCUUGUUUUAUUGUCCUGCUUCUGGCCGUGAUUUUCAUGCUUUUUAAAUACCGCAAGAAAUUGAAAGAGUCAAGCUAUAGUCCAGUCGAUAAACGAAGUAUAAACUUCGAGUCUUGUGUUGGUGGGGCAAAGAAGCCUUACAUUGAGCGGCUGGCACAGUAUCUGCUAGGAUACAGUGAUGCAGAGGUUGAAGAUGGUACAGAUGAUGAUUAUGAUGAUAUUGAGGUCAACAGAGGGUUGACUAAGUUGGUGCCAAUACAACCAUCCAGUGAAAGUGAUGGGGAGUAUCAUGCAAGCACCUCCGCCCACGUGAUACGACCACGCACCCAGAGUUACCAAAAUAAUACCACUACAGCACCACAGGUGGGUAGGCAAUAAAUGCGCGCUAUAUUUAUACUGGAUAGCUCUAUCAGAUUUUAACUGUUCUCCCCAGAGGUCCAGUUUUGAUCAUUCCUAAUAAGCUCAGCAACGAAUCGGGCGCAUGUCCGUGGGGUACUUUUGCUCCAUUCCAUGCAAACAUUAUCAGAACAGUG